AAAUUAUUCAAAAAUCUUGAAAAUAAAAAACUGAUGGAAAAUUUUAAGGUUUCUUUAUCAGUACAUGAUAUUGUUUUGUUAACUCUUAUACUAAGUUUUUCAGGUUUUAAGAUUGUAAAUGGUCAAAUAAAUACGGCAUGUACAAGUUCAAUAAUUAGCACUUUCACCCCUUGUUUUAAUUACCUUACUGGAAGCAGUGGAAAUGGAUCAUCCCCAACUGAAGAUUGUUGCAAUUCACUAAAAUCAUCAAUGAGUGAUAGCAUAGAUUGUGUAUGUCUUAUUGUUACUGGGAAUGUUCCUGUCUCUAUACCAUUUAUUCGUACGUUGGCACUUUCACUUCCUCAAGCUUGUAAUACUGGUGUCCCUGUCCAGUGCAGUGCCUCUGGGGUUCCUCUUCCAUCUCCAGGUCCGGCAUUGUUCGUGCCACCACCUGCUCCUUCUCCUCCUCCUCCUCAGCACCAUCAUGCUCCUGCUCAUCCUCCUCGCCACCAUCGUGCUGUUGCUUUCCCUCCAGCUCUUGCUCCUCGUGGUCCACGAGCAGCAGCACCAACAGCAGAAGUUGAUCCACCAUCAGUAGAAGAUGAUGAACCGACGAUGGCGGCAUCUCCACCAAAACCUUCAUUACUUCCAAAGACGACGCUUCAAAAUCCCAACAACACUUCAGCAUCUUCUUAUAUUUCCUCAUUCUCAUCCCCUGUUAUGCUAAUGAUUAUUGCACUUGUAAUUUUAUUUGUUGACAAAUCAUGAAUAUUGUUUUUUUUUCUUCCCUGGAGCCUAUAAGGUCCUCUUGCACUACUGUAUUUUUUGUAUUACAAAGGCUAUGCACUAAAAAUAUGUAACCGGCCAUCAAAGGAAAUUUGUGAUGUUUGGACUUUUAAUUUACUACUAUUUGGUUUA